UGUUGGAACAUCUGUGGAGUGUCUCUGACUCUGUCUCUCUCUCUCUCUCUCUCUCUCUCUCUCUCCAGUUCUCCCUCCUGAAGGCCAAAUAAAGGCUAAAGGCUAAUAAACCCUUAGAAAAGGCAAAUGUCAGCCCCAACCGAAUCCUACAAACCUUACACCCUAACCCAAACCCUAACAGGCCACAAAUCCCCCAUAUCAUCCGUCAAAUUCUCCGCCGAUGGCCGUCUCCUCGGCUCUUCCUCCGCUGACAAAACCCUCAGAACCUAUUCCAUCUCCCUUUCUAAUCCUCCUACAUCUCCAAUCACUCAUCUCCAUGACUUCCACGGGCACGAACAAGGCGUCUCCGACCUCGCCUUCUCCUCUGAUUCCCGCUUCAUUGUCUCUGCAUCCGACGAUAAAACCCUCCGCCUAUGGGACGUCACAACAGGGCACACAAUCAAAACCCUUCAUGGGCACACCAAUUAUGUGUUUUGCGUCAAUUUUAACCCGCAAUCGAAUAUGAUUGUUUCGGGUUCUUUUGAUGAGACUGUUAGAAUUUGGGAUGUGAAGAGUGGCAAGUGUUUGAAGGUAUUGCCUGCCCAUUCGGAUCCAGUCACAGCUGUCGAUUUUAAUAGAGAGGGUUCGCUUAUUGUAUCGAGUAGUUAUGAUGGAUUGUGUAGAAUUUGGGACGCUGGGACUGGUCAUUGUAUCAAGACCUUGAUUGAUGAUGAAAACCCACCUGUUUCCUUCGUCAAGUUUUCGCCUAAUGGAAAGUUCAUUCUUGUUGGCACCUUGGAUAACAAUUUGAGGCUUUGGAAUUUUUCAACUGGGAAAUUUCUGAAGACAUACACUGGGCAUGUCAAUACAAAAUUCUGUAUUUCGCCCACCUUUUCCGUAACAAAUGGAAAGUACAUUGUUGGUGGUUCGGAGGAUAGUUGUGUAUACCUGUGGGAGCUUCAAAGCAGGAAAAUAGUGCAGAAAUUGGAAGGUCACACAGAUACAGUUAUAUCAGUAGCAUGUCAUCCCACCCAAAAUAUUAUUGCAUCUGGUGCACUGGGCAAUGACAAGACCGUGAAGAUUUGGACUCAGGAAAUAUGAUUUCUCUGCUAGCAGUUUUUUUAACCUGAUUUGGCCUGUGCAUAGGAGAAGACCUUGAGUUACAAAGAGGGAAAUAUUUUGCUCGAUGGCUGAAGCUUCUGCUUUUUCCCAGACACUUGUCCUCUUUGAUAUGCAUGUAGUUUUGAUUCAUUUAACCACUGUUUAUGUAUCUGAGGAACAAAUUUGAUGGAAGUCGUGUGAUCUUUUUUAACUCCCUUGAUUCCCAUCUCUGUCCCCUUCACGUUUAUAACUGGACCAGUGUGUAGCUUCUGUUUAACUGAGAAGAAAACCAGCAGUCCUUUAUUUA